AUGACCCCACCUGCUGGGUAUACUAAGGCUAAGCCAGGUGAAGUUUUCAGGCUUAAAAGGUCUUUAUAUGGCCUUAAACAAGCCUCUCGCCAAUGGAAUAAAGAGCUUUAUGCUUUGUUACAUAGUUUGAAGUUUAAACAAUCUACUCAAGACUACUCUUUGUAUACCAGAACACAAGAUGGUGAGUUUUUGGUUGUUUUAGUCUAUGUGGAUGAUAUUCUGGUUACUGGCACUUCUACAUCUCAAAUUGCAGCUGUCAAACUUGCUUUAGACGAGGCAUUCACUAUCAAGGAUCUUGGUGACUUAACUUAUUUUCUUGGGAUAGAAGUUCAUAGAAAUGACAAAGGGAUCUUUCUUUCUCAAAGAAAAUAUAUCAAAGACAUUCUGGUUGAUGCUGGUAUGGAAGAAUGCUUUGUUGCUCCUGCUCCUUUGUCUACUGGUUUGAAAUUAUCUCCUGAAGUUGGAGAUUUACUUGAUAGUACUCCUGAUGUUUAUAGGAGACUUGUUGGGAGACUUUUAUACUUGGGAAUCACUAGACCAGAUUUGUCUUACUCAGUCCAGCACCUAAGCCAGUUUAUGCAUUCACCAAGAGUUCCUCAUUUGAAGGCUGCCCUACAUGUCCUCAAAUAUCUGAAAGGUACAUUAGAUACUGGUUUAUGGUAUUCUGCUACUUCAGAUCUUAAAGUCACUGCUUACAGUGAUGCUGAUUGGAGCUCUUGUCAGUUUACUAAUCGUUCUCUUAGCUCUUAUGCAGUAUUUAUUGGUUCUAAUCUAGUCUCUUGGAAGACUAAGAAACAGCAAAGUGUAAGCAAGUCAUCUGCUGAAGCUAAAUACAGAAGUAUGUCAGCUACAACCAGUGAACUAGUAUGGAUUCAAGGUUUACUUGCUGAUCUUCAAAUUCCAGUUUCCUUGCCUAUUACUCUUUAUUGUGACAACACUUCAGCAGAACACUUGCCUGAAAAUCCAAUGUUCCAUGAGAAGACUAAACACCUAAAGAGAGAUAUGCAUUAUAUUCUUGAACAAGUUGCUGCUGGCUUUAUUCAAACAGCUCAUGUAUCAACUGCAAAUCAACUUGCUGACAUUCUGACUAAGUCUCUCAAUUCUUCUCAUCAUCAUGUUUUAUUUGCCAAGCUUGGACUCAUAUCUAAGGUCCAGCUUGAAGGGGGAAUAUAG